GUCGACUACGCAGACCAGGUAGAGGAUAUACUGCUUAGUACGCAGGCUAAAAUUGCUGCUCUCGACAAGUUGCAUGCGAAGCAUGUCCUACCCGGCUUCACGGACCGAUCGUCAGAGGAAAGAGAGAUUGAAGCCGCGACCACCGACAUAACCAAAGACUUUCGGCAGUGUCAAUCCUUGAUCCAGCGCAUUGCACCUCCACACGCAUUCCCACCGACUUCAUCCAAGGCACAUGAGCAAGAACUCGCAGCGAAGAACGUCCAGAGAGGCCUCGCGGCAAAGGUUCAAGACCUCAGCGCCACGUUUCGUAAGAAGCAAAGGGUCUACAUGGACAAACUACAGGGUCAUGCGAUCAAGAACCAGGACCUACUGGUCGCGAGUGGAGUAACAUCUCUCAGAGGCUCAGAAGGACUGUCAGCAGUCGAUGAAGACUUGCAGGCCGCGUCCCAACAAACCACGCUCCAAUCGCAGGCCCAAGCCGAUCCGAACCAGGCUGCCUUCCUUGAACGAAAUCGUGAACUCACAGAGAUCGCAAAAUCUAUAGGUCAACUGGCAGAACUGUUCAAAGACUUGGGCGCAUUGGUGAUUGACCAGGGUACGCUGCUGGACAGCGUGGAGUACAACAUCGAGCAGACGUCCGUGGAGAUGCAAAGUGCCGUGAAGGAGCUGGAUACGGCGACAAGGUGGGUCUCCUCUUCUUCAUUCCUCAUCUUCCUUCUUCUUUGGCCUGCCGUGAGUUUCUGUCUCUAG